AUGUUUGGAGGGUCAGGAUCAGCAUUUGGCUCGGGAUCUACAGGUGGAAGUGGUGGACUAUUCGGCGCAAGUAAUAACAAUAAUAAUAGUAAUAACAAUAAUAGCAAUAAUAAUAAUGCUGCUACAGGUGGAACAUCUACGCCAGCUUUUGGAGGUUUCGGAAGUGGCGCUGCAGCCACUCCAUCAUCAGCUUCUGGAGCAGCUCCUGCUUUUGGUUCCAGUGCUACCAAUGGAAACUUAUUUGGCGGAAACUCUGGGUCAAUCGGUGCAGCCAAGCCCGCAUUUAGCUUUGGCGGAGCAUCUACCACAGCUACAGGAUCAGCACCUUCAGCUGCUUCCACCUCUUCACCAUCACCUGCAUUUGGAUCCAAUCCAACUUCCAAUUCUGCUAGCGCUGGAGGAUUUAGUUUUGGAGGAAAUAACACCAAUAAUAGUAAACCAGCACUCGGUUUCGGAAGCACGACCAACUCGGCUGCUCCAGCUGCAUUUUCUUUUGGAGCCAAGCCAAGCGAACCUGCUGCUGCUUCAGCUGCUCCAGCCGCCCCAACUGGAGGAUUAUUUGGCAGUAAACCAGCAGCUACCCCUGCUGCCUCUACCGGUGGGUUAUUUGGCGGUAAUUCAGCUACAACACCAGCUGCUACUUCUGGCGGAGGAUUGUUUGGAAGUAAACCAGCAGCAGCACCAGCAGCAGCACCAGCAGCAACACCAGCUGCUGCUUCUCCUGGGGGAUUAUUCGGUAGUAAACCAACCGAAACUCCAGCUGCUUCUACCGGAGGAUUAUUUGGUAGCAAACCAGCAUCGGGCACUUCAACGCCUCCUUCUGCCAAUCCAACAUCUUCAGGGACUAAUACCUUUUCUUUUGGGAACAAGCCUACUACAACAUCCACAUCAGCAUCUGCAUCUACUGGAAAUACUUUCUCUUUUGGAGCCAAAGCAGAUUCUGCUGCACCUGCCACCUCUAGCGGUGGAUUAUUCGGAAAUAAACCUUCUACCCCUUCUCCUAUAGCAUCUGGGCUCAGUCUUUCCAAGCCGGAGGAGAAGAAACUGGAUAAUGCAGCAACAUCCUUUUCUUUUGGAUCGAAAACAGCUGGAACUACCACAAGUACACCAUCAUCUGGUGGAUUGUUUGGAGCAAAGAAAAGUGACGAGCCCGCUGCUGCUUCAGGUGGAUUCUCUUUUGGAGCCAAGCCAGAAGAAAAGAAAGAACCGGCUUCCGCUGGAGGUUUCUCUUUUGGUGCAAAGAAAGAUGACAAGCCUGCUGCUACUUCAGGGGGAUUCUCGUUUGGCGCUAAACCAGAAGAAAAGAAAGAUGAUAAACCCGCUGCAGCUGCAUCUACUGGAGGAUUCUCCUUUGGAGCCAAAAAAGAUGACAAGCCCGCUGUGGCCAGUGGAGGCUUCUCAUUUGGCGCUAAGCCUGAAGAAAAGAAAGAUGAACCAGCUGCUGCUGGAGGAUUCUCAUUUGGCGCUAAACCAGAGGAAAAGAAGGAUGAUAAGCCUGCUGCUGCAGCUGGAGGUUUCUCUUUUGGUGCAAAGAAAGACGACAAGCCUGCUUCCACUACUGGUGGAUUCUCCUUUGGUGCCAAACCUGAAGAGAAGAAGGAUGAUAAACCAGCAAUUGGAGGCUUCUCAUUCGGAACCAAGACAGAUGAAAAGAAAGAUAACAACGCGCCAGCUACUUCCGGUGGAUUCUCAUUUGGCGCAAAGCCUGCUGAAAAGAAGGACGAUAAGCCAAGUACAGGGUUCUCUCUCGGAGGUAAGCCAGAGGAAAAGAAUGCCCAAUCGGCUUCAGUUUCUGUUAAUACAGUAAAAUCAGAGCCCACUUUAAAGCCAACUACUAUCAGACCUCAAGAGAUUUCAAUUGAUAACAAGACUAUGGAUGAUUUAAUUAUUAAGUGGUCUAAACAAUUAACGUCAACAUCAAAUAUUUUCAAGACAUAUACUGGCAAGGUUCAACAAUGGGAUCAGCAAUUAGUGAAAAGUGGGGAUGAGAUUUCAAAAUUAUACCAAGAUACAUUGGAGGCUGAAGGCUUACAAGCCAAGAUUGAUCAAAAUUUGAUCUUUGUUGAAUGUCAACAAGAUGAAUUGGAUAAGAUUUUGGAUAAUUAUGAGGCCCAGGCAGAUCAAUUGCUAAGCAACAUCGAAUUGAGCAAUAUCAGCAGCAUUAACAAUGGCAAUAAUACUUCAAAUAUCGGGGUUGGAAAUAACAGACUUGAAGGUCAAAAUGGGAGCUCUGGUGUCAGUGUUGGAGCUGCAGGUGCUCUCAGUGUUACCGAUAAACUUAGAGAAAAGGCUUAUCAUAAUGCAGAAUUAUUGGAUGAGAGAUUAGAUUCCAUGGGAGACAAUUUAUCUACGCUUAUUAAUGAGAUAAACUCAGUCAGUGAGGUGUUUAAUAAGAAUUUGUUGAUUGGACCGUCCUCAUCUGCUAAUAUUGCAGUCGAUGGAGAGGGUAAGAAGAAUAUUAAAACAGGAAGCGGGGACGACGAUACCGAAUCUGAGAAUCCAAUUGAAGAAGUUGUCAAAUUAUUGAAUUUACAUUUAGAAAAUCUCAAGUAUAUAGAAAAGAACGAGAAGGCAUUGAAAGAAAAGUUGGAAAAGUUAAGAAGGUGA